CUUCCAUACCGGCUAAGUAUGUAAAACGCGACGGCGAGGCCGGCGUGCCCUUGACGACUUAAUUGAAGAAGGAUCUGCAGUUUUAUCUGCGUUUGUUAAUCUGGUAACCAGCAGAUAACAUGGGUGAUUUUGAAAAAGGCAAGAAGAUCUUCGUUCAGAAAUGUGCUCAGUGUCAUACUGUUGAAAAGGGUGGAAAACACAAGACUGGUCCCAAUUUGCAUGGCCUCUUUGGACGAAAAACAGGUCAAGCUGAAGGUUUUUCUUAUACAGAUGCCAAUAAGAAUAAAGGUAUAACUUGGGGUGAAGACACUUUAUUUGAAUAUUUGGAAAAUCCUAAGAAGUACAUUCCAGGAACCAAAAUGAUCUUUGCUGGUAUAAAGAAAAAGUCUGAGCGACAAGAACUGAUAGCGUACUUAAAAGAUGCUACUUCUAAGUAAACAGUCGUAUCUGCUGCCUUAUUUAUUGGUGUUUUACUCUGCCGUGGAGGACAGCUGUAUUUUAAACGUAUGUCCAUCUGUCUGACUUGUCUAAGAUUUUUCUAGAAACACUCAUUCUGCUGGAUGGGAUGCAGCAAGAAAUGUUUCCUCCAUGGUAUUGUUAAUUUGUAGCUUUGUUCAUUGUAAUGUCCUGUUAAUGUGGAUUAUAUAAAAAUUGUCAAUUAUAAA